GAUCCAAAAAACAAGGAUCUUCAUUCCUUAUUUCUUGUCCUUAGUUGUCAUUGAGCCUAUUCUAUUGCUCCUCCCAUUUUUCAUUCUCUAUUGCUCCCCCUUGCUUUCCUUUUCAUUCACAUUUCACAGGGCGCUUCUUUCUCAUUCUGACAAAAUGGCAAAUGCAGCGUCCGGAAUGGCUGUGCAUGAUGAUUGCAAACUGAGGUUUCAGGAGCUUAAAUCAAAGAGGAGCUACCGGUUCAUUGUGUUCAAAAUUGAAGAACAGCAAGUGGUGGUUGACAAAUUAGGGCAACCCUCUGAUAGUUAUGAUGACUUCAUGGCCAGUUUCCCAGAUAAUGAGUGUCGUUAUGCCGUCUAUGAUUUUGAUUUCAUAACAGAUGAGAAUUGCCAGAAAAGCAAGAUCUUCUUCUUUGCAUGGUCACCAGAUAUCUCAAGGGUGAGGAUGAAGAUGGUGUAUGCAAGUUCCAAGGACAGAUUCAAGAGAGAAUUGGAUGGCAUCCAAGUUGAACUGCAAGCAACUGAUCCAAGUGAAAUGAGCUUGGACAUUGUGAAAGGGCGAGCCCUCUAAGCCACUCUUCUUGAUUAAUUUCUAUAACUGUGUGGCAGCUUUGGGAGCCAUCGUGUUUUUGCCUAUUAUAUUGGAUUCAACAAAGACUGAUCCAAAAUGACAUGCAUGUCAUUCUUCCUUGUACUCUAUCCUUGUCUAGCUUUCUAGUGAUGAUCUUGGGUUCUUGGUUUGUUUGAAGAGUCAUGUCAAGAUUAGCAUCUAUAUUGUAGGCUGAUCCUCUGCCAAGUUACAAAUCUGACUGAUUGGUUUUUCACUUGAGGGUGGAUUUUGUGUAAUAGAAGCUACUGAAAGAAUGAUGACAUUGAUGUAUGUCUAAUGUCUCAACCAUUUUUUAUAUCUCUUUUUUGGAAGAACAUUGGUACAGAAUGAUACAUGGAUAAUUCUAGUUGA